AUGGACAUGGACUCGCCGCCGCAAGAGGACAGCCAGGCGUCGCAGAGCAGCGUCAUGACGGUGACGCAGGAGAAGCGGCACGAGGUGCUGUACUUUGCCUACGGGAGCAACAUGUCGACGGCGCAGAUGCGGCAGCGGUGUCCGCACUCGACGCCCGUCGGGCUGGGCCUGCUCUCGGGCUGGGCAUGGAUCAUCAACGAGAGGGGGUACGCCAACGUCGUCGUCGAGGACAGGGCCGAGGCCCCGGGCGUCUACGGCCUGCUGUACCUGCUCCCGCCGCGCGACGAGGAGCGGCUGGACGGCUACGAGGGCGUGCCGCAGGCGUACGAAAAGGUGGCUUGCGAGGCGCGGCGCGUGCGUGACGGCGACCUGCGGGCUGUCGACGAGCCGGUGACGGUCCUCGUCUAUGUGGACAGGCAGCGGGUCGCGGAGAGCGUGCCGCGCCACGAGUAUGUGGGUAGGAUGGAGAGGGCGAUUGGGGAUGCGGUCGGCAACUGGGGGCUCGACGAGGGCUAUGCGAAUCGUGUCAUGCGGAGGUUCUGGGCCAAGUGA